UAGACGGCCCAUAGUCACAGACAAGAAUAUGGUCAUUGUCAUUUAUCAUUAUUGUUAUCACUACUACUCUCUUCUCCCCUUUCAAGAACACUGAAUCCUUCCAGCUUCACUAUCUUCCUUUUCUUCUGCUGACAAUGUCUUCUCAUGUCCCAAAGUUUGGAAACUGGGACAGCGACAACGUACCUUACACGACCUUCUUUGAGAAUGCCCGAAGAGAGAAGACCGGGGUUAAGAUGAACCCAAAUGAUCCUGAGGAGAACCCUGAGGCCUUUGUGUUUGGCCAAGGAGGCCCCGCAGUUGGUUGGCCAGCAGUCAGUGCUUUCAACGGUCCCAAUCGCGACAAGCGGAGUUCUUCGGAGAAGCAGCAAAGGAGUGGUGCUUCGGAGUCCGGAAGCAGUGAUAGGAGCAGCUCUGGUUAUUCGAGGAGGCAGCAGAGUUAUGAUCGUGUUCAAUCGGACCAUAGUAAGAAGGGCCCAAGCGAGAGCAGUAAGAGCUACUCCAACUCCGUGACGAGGGGCCCGCAACAUUCGAGACAGAUGAGCGGGAGUCAGCCUUCAGAUGAUACACAUCGAAGGGCUGCUUCCAUACCGAAGUUCGGGGCAUGGGACGAAAUGGAUCCGAGAUCAGGGGAAAGCUUCACCGUGAUCUUCAACAAAGUGAAGGAAGAAAAGCACAAUGCAUCGUCAAACUUCCCGACUGUGCCCCCACAACCGAUCAGCACUUACCCCGGUGAUCGUGGGAAACAGACAAGUCCUUCCUUGGCGUCGAAGAUAUGCUGCUGUCUUUAUUCGAAGGGAAGAGAGUGAUGUGUGAAUACUCGGCGGCCUGUGUUUUCAAGAAGGUUUUCCUCGAUGAUUAGAGAAAACAUACAGUCUGAUUUGGUAAUCAUGAUUAUAAUUUAUAAACACACAAAAAUGUGGUCAAAUAUGCUUGUGGAAUUAUGAUGAUUUGAGAUUUUUAGCUUUUCAAAUCUGCAUUUUAAUUUGCUGUAGAGUCUUCCUGCAUUCGCCUGCUAGGACUACUUCUGGGUUGUUGCCCGAAUCGUAAGCUUCAGCUCGACAUGUGAUAAUCUUUGUAACUCUUUACUUUCCGAUUCAAAAGUUACAUUCUUUCGG